AUGACUUCAAAGUCGGUCUCGGUCUCGGCUCGCUCGGGUCUACUGAAUCCUAGUCAUCCUGUCAGAAGCUUGUCGGUCGCCUUUUGGCUCUGGAAGACCGUCUUGUUCUUGGUCAUUGUCGGCUGCCCUGGCCCAGGCUAUGAUACGUCCACGAGUCUUCUUCCCGGGCAGGGAGUUGCCCCGUUGAGUCUGCCGGCGCCUUUGAAAUUCGUCAGGUGGGAUUCCAUCUAUUUUGUGCAUAUCGCAGAAAGUGGCUAUGUGUUCGAACAAGAGUGGGCCUUUAGUUAUGGCUAUGGCAAAUUUAUCGCUUUCCUGACCUCUGUUCUGAAUCCUUGGAGUAACAAUGCCUUGGAGGGAACCGCUGGGAUCGCAGUGGUCGCGGUUGCGCUCUCACACCUUGUCCAUUAUCUCUCGGUCUUAGCCUUGUACAGACUCUCGAUUAAUGUCUUCGGUCAAGAAACGACCACGCAACGGCUCAUUUGCUUCCUUUCUGCCGCGUUGCAUAUCAUUUCCCCUGCUGGGGCUUUCCUUUCUGCCCCGUACGGAGAGCCGGUCUUCUCUUUUCUCAAUAUCGCCGGGCUUUACAUCUACUCUUCGUCCGUCUUGGACAGCAAUACUGGUAGCCCGGUGUCCAGAAAUGCGAAGCUGCUAUUAUCGGGCCUAGUCUUCUCGGCUGCCACGGUGGUGCGCAGCAAUGGGGUCCUCAGUGGUUUCUUGUUUGCCUAUGAUGCUCUCCUUCUGUUGCAAGGGUUUUUGUCUCGGGGUGUUUCGGUCGAUGCUGUUGUUCAUCUAGGCGUCGUCAUCACCAGCGGCUGCAUUUUAUCCCUGGGAUUUGUCGUUCCCCAAGUCUUCGCUUAUAUGCAAUAUUGUAUGCCGGAAGAUGUCUCAAGGCCUUGGUGUCAACGUUUUGUUCCUAGUAUUUAUGGCUGGGUCCAGGAACAUUACUGGAAUGUGGGCUUCCUUCGAUAUUGGACUGUAUCGAAUAUUCCCCUCUUUCUACUUGCUCUUCCCAUGCUACUCAUUCUGUUCCAGUCAUCCAUAUGGGGGCUUAAAGCAUCCCUGGGAUCAACCCCGUCCAAAACCUCCAGCACUGACCAAGGGGCAUCAUCUACGACGCGGGCUUCUUUGCUGCUGCGGCUCGCCGUCCCGCAAGCCCUGCUUUCGGGGCUAGCAGUCACGAGCUACCACGUGCAGAUUAUCAAUCGGGUGUCCUCCGGAUAUCCUUUGUGGUAUUGGUACAUUGCACAUCAACUUCUUGGCGAUUCCGGGGAGAAGCAUGGCCGAAUUUUCACGCUGGCUGUGCAAGGCGCAGUAAUUUAUGGACUCAUACAAGCGGUUCUCUUCGGCUCCUUCCUCCCACCGGCUUAA